AUGGCCAAGCAAGAAGGGGACAUGUCUAUUGUGAUGGAGCCAUUAAACAUUCAAAGCAGCCACGCUGCUGGGAAUGUUCACCAGGAGGAAAACCUCGAAAAGCUACCCAGUCUUCCCAGCCUUCAACCUGGAGUCCAUAGGGCUGAUGUGCUUCGAAAAAGCUGGACCAAGACAGGCUUAAUUAUUGUCUUCAUCGGACUGUUUUUGUGUACAUUAGCUAUCAAUUUCGCCGAUUAUUCAACUCAGGUGUAUGCCCCAUACACAACGAGUGCCUUCAAGCAGCACUCUGCCAUGAGCGCAGCGCGGGUGGUCAUGAACAUUGCGCGUAUCUCUGCCUAUCCCAUUAUUGCAAAGUUGGGAGAUGUCUUCGGUAGGGCUGAGAUGUUCAUCUUGUCUAUUCUUAUGUCUGUUUUGGGUUACGCCAUUUGGGCAGCCUGCACGAACAUAACGCAAUACAUUGUUGCUGGUAUCUUCGACGCUAUUGGAUCGACUGGAUUUGCCCUCACACAACAGAUAUUUGUGGCGGACAUGACCUCGUUAGUCGAUCGUGGUAUCUGGUCAACGCUGCCUGAUUCUCUCACCACAAUUCCGACUCUUUACCUUGGUACUAUCGUCGCUCAGCGCGUCCUGGACCAUUCAACGUGGCGGUGGGGAUGGGGCAUGUGGGCGAUUAUUUUGCCCGUUGCAUCGCUGCCAUUGAUCGGUACCAUGCUGUUUUAUCAACGUCGAACGCCAUAUCCAGUAUCUGUGUCUGAGGCAUUAGGCUGGAGAACUAGUGAUGCCUGGUGGAAGAAGGCAUACCGGUUGUUUUGGAUUGAACUCGACUUGCCAGGGGCUAUUCUACUUGUGGCUGGAUUGUCUCUUCUUUUGGUUCCCUUGUCCUUGACAGGCUCUAAUAACAGCGGUGCGUGGACCAACGGGUCAUUUAUCGCCAUGUUGGUCCUUGGUGUGGUGGCCGGCAUAUUUGCCGCUUUCUUUAUGAAGUACACCAAGCGCUCUCAGAUCUGGGUGUUGAUCGGCGUUCCGCUCUGCGUUCUUGGAAUGGGUGUACUUCUCUAUCUGGUGGAUUUGAGAGAUGGUCGCAGUGGGAAUGAAGCAUCCUUUGUGGCAGCCAAAUCGUUGAUUGGUAUUGGUCGCGGAUUCUAUCAAACGGCCGCACAGGUCUCAGUGCAGGCCGUGGUCUCACGGCAGGAUGUUUCUGUUGUCACCGCAGUGUUUUUUGCAUCGAUGAGUGUGGGUGGUGCAAUUGGGACAAGUGUCGCUGGGGCCAUAUGGCGAAACACCCUCCCAAAAAAGCUGCAAAAAUAUCUUCCUAGUGAACUGAAGGGUCAAGCCAAAUCUAUAUUCGGAUCAAUUGUUGUAGCUCGAAAUUACGCCAUGGGCACUGAGGCUCGUGAUGCCAUCAAUCGCAGUUACCGAGAGUCGCAAAGACUACUCGCAAUUGCAGGUCUUGCUUCACUUUCAUUGAUGCUUAUUGUGAUGUUGUUCUUGAAGAACGUGAAACUGAGCGAAGAAGGGAUGACAGAGGCAGAGAUCGAACAAGAUCAAGCUCAUGGAGCUGCAGAGAAGCGAGCUGAUUAA